AUGCUUUUAGAUUUCAAUGUCACUAUGUUUUCAGGUGUAUGUUGUAACCUUUUCAAAUUUAUUUUUAGUGUUAAACAAGGUUUUCGGCAUAGUUUGAACCAAAUUUUUAAACUCAAAUCUUUACGCAGUGGUUCCGCUGCCAGGCUUGCUAGUUGGGAACGAAUCAGUACAAGUGAAGACGACGAAACAGGAGAACUUGAUGAAAAACAUCAUAAUGCUUUUAAUCGAAAGCAAGAGACGUCAAUUACUCAUGUGGUUGGAUCGAAUACUGGUAAAAGUCAAGCAACAACAGUGGCUGUUACGUCAGAAAAAUAUAAAUCAGUUUGUACCACGAAGAUUAGUAAUGCCAAUGAAAUUCCAAUCAGAUCACUGGUUAAUCAAAGCGAGUUAUUACGUCAGAAUGACGUGAAUUUAUCAAAACUUGUAAAUAAAGGAAAAACAAAUGAAAAAAAAUCAAUUGUAAAAAAGUCAACAAGAACGACACCCACAACUGGUCAACAUGUAAAAUUUCCAUGUCCACGUGUCAAGCCUUUUUCAUCAAUUUUAACAUCAUUAGCAUCAACAUCAUCUUCAUCGUCAUCAUCAACAACAUUAAAAUUGAUUACCGAACCACCGAAAUCCUCUUCAUCAACAAAACUCAGGGAAUGUAUACCAUUAAAAAACAUUUUCGAUUUACAAACAUCUUCAAUAUCAGCAGUGAAACCGUCAUUUGACGGACUUGACACUGUUCCGAGUAAUAUUAGUUGUAAUGUAGUCACAUCUAAUAAUACUAACAAUAUUAUAUUAAGUAGUCCUUUUAUUUAUGAAAUAAAACCACCUACUGAAGAUUAUUCUGUUCAUAUACUACGUGUUCCAGUACUUGGUAGUCGUCAGUCUGGUAAAACUACAUUAGUUAAACAAUUUAUUAAUUGUAUUGAUCCUGGCAAUCCUCUUCCUACUUGUAAACGUCCAGAUUAUUAUGAUCCAAUGAUAUCAUUCAAUGAUCGUAUUUAUAAUGUACGCUUAAUAGAUUGCCCGCCAAUCGAUAAAAACUUUCCAAAAAAUUCCAUUGAUGAAUGGGAGAAUUAUCGUGGUUGGGGUUUAAGAAAUGCUUCAGCAUUUAUUCUAGUUUUUGAUGUUAAUUCAGAAUCGUCAUUUCAAUAUAUACGUCAAUUACGUGAACAGAUUGUUAGUGAAUUUAAUGAUAUACCAUUAUUAUUAGUUGCAAAUAAAAUUGACUUACUACAACAAAUUACAAAUGGAUUUAAUUCAACUAAUCUUACACCGCCAUUUUAUUCAACAUCUUCAUCUUCUUCCGCCAUCACUAUGUCAACAUCAGGUCAAGCACAAAUGGGUCAUUUGAAUAAUUCAAAUUAUCGAUUUAAUAUACGUCGUGAUAUAAAUAUGAUUAUUAAAAAACAAUGGAAACGUACCAUACUUGUUGAAUGCUCGGCUAAAUACAAUUGGCAUGUAAUGAAUGUGUUCAGAGAAUUAAUGCGCAUCUUAGAGAAUCGAGAACAAGCGCAUAAACCGACAGCAGCUAGAGUAGUACAAAAUGCAUUGCGAAAUAAUCAAUGUUCCAUCAUGUAG